AUGAGGCCCAUUGGAACCAUAUCUGUUUUUGUGGCUUUGUUAUCAACAACCCAAGCACAAAUACCAAAAGUCAGCGGCUUCAAUUUGGUGUGGUACGACGAUUUCAGCGGCAAGGCCAAAACGGUCCCAGACCAGAAUAAUUGGAUCAUCGACACAGGUACCAGUUAUCCUGGCGGUCCAGCAAGUUGGGGCACAGGGGAAAUCCAGUCAUAUACCAAUAGCCCCAAUAAUGUCCGAGUCAACGGCGCUGGGAAUCUUCAAAUCACCGCCAUCAAGAGCACAACAGGCGCAUGGACUUCAGGGCGAAUUGAGACUCGAAGAGCCAAUUUUAUGGCGCAGCCGGGGGGAACCAUGCGGAUCCAGGCUAGUCUGAAGAUCCCCAACCUAGGAGGCAACGCCGGCGUUGGCUACUGGCCCGCGUUCUGGACGCUGGGCGCUGCAUAUCGCGGCAACUACUGGAACUGGCCGGCAGUUGGUGAAAUUGAUAUCAUGGAGAAUGUCAACAAUCUCGACCGCGCUUAUGCCGUCUUGCACUGCGGUACUCAGCCUGGGGGAGCCUGUAAUGAGCCAUCUGGCCUCAGUGCGUUCCGUUCUUGCCCUGGGAAUUCCUGCGCUGGGAACUUCCACACGUUUAUGGUGGAAGUCGAUAGGUCAAAGUCCGUGGAAGCGAUCCGCUGGUAUGUCGACGGCGUCCAGUUUCACCAGGUUCUCCAGUCGCAACUGCCGGCGGCUACCUGGAAGGGGACUGUUCAGAAGCCGCAAUUCAUCUUGUUAAACAUGGCCAUUGGUGGAGCUUUCCCUGACGCAGUCUAUGGCAAGAAAACACCUCUCAGCACCACCUUGUCGGGUGGGACUUACGAGGUGGAGUAUGUUGCGGUUUACCACACUUAA